AUGGGGAUACGCUUUGAUUUAUCUACAAUCGAAGACAUCAUGAAUAUAAGCCCAAGAGCUUUCAAAAGAAUGUGCAAUCUUCGAUUUCUCAAGAUCUACAACACAAGACUGGAUACAAAUGUUAGAGUGCAUGUACCCGAGGACAUGUAUUUUCCACCUCGUCUGAAGUUAUUACAUUGGGAGGAAUAUCCAGGAAAGUGUCUUCCACAUACAUUUUGGCCGGAAAAUCUUGUGGAACUCAAUUUAGAAUAUAGCAACCUCAGGCAUCUAUGGAAAGGAGCACAGCCUCUUGGAAAUCUCAGGAAACUGAAUUUGUCAGCAUCUUCUAAUUUGGAGGAACUCCCGAAUCUUGCAAAUGCUACAAAUCUCGAGAUUUUGGAUGUGAGUGAUUGCGAGAAUUUGGUAAAGAUUCAUUCCUCUGUUGGAAGACUUCAUAAACUAGAGAAAUUGGAGAUGGAAUUUUGUAGAAACCUACAAGUUGUUCCGACUCUCUUCAAUUUGGAAUCUCUUCACUCAGUCUUAAUAGGAGGAUGCAACCAGUUAAGGAAACUUCCAAAUAUUUCCACGACCGUCACAUACCUCUCAAUCGUAGACACGAUGUUAGAAGAAUUUACUGCUUCCAUUAGGCUCUGGUCUCAUCUUGAAGAUCUCUGUAUAGUCGGCGGUCUCAUUCCAGAUCGAUGUACUACACAGACACAUCUGGUAAACUUGAUGGUAGAGAGAAGUGGCGCAGAUAUUGAGAGAAUUCCAGAUUGCAUCAAAGAUCUUCAUAACUUGGACACGCUUUGGAUAAUAGGAUGUCCAAAACUUGCAUCACUGCCAGAGCUUCCUAGGUCGCUCAAAUGUCUAAUGGUAUGGAAUUGUGAAUCACUGGAGACAAUAGUACCUUUCCGUUCCGACUCUGAGAUUUCAAAUCUCUAUUUCGCAAACUGCUUCAAAUUGGGUCCAGAAGCAAGGAGAGAAAUUACCAAACAAUCUUUGUUUGCAUGCAUACCAGGAAGAGAUAUACCUGCAGAAUUCAAUCACAAGGCUAUAGGAAACUCCUUGGCCAUCAUCAGUUCAAAUGCCUCCCGGUUUAAGAUGUGUGUCAUAAUUUCCCCUAAAUCAGAGAUGGAAGAUGCUUUUAAUGAUAUAGAAUUAAUGUGCUGCAUAAGCAUAAAUGGUUGCUCCAAGGUGAAUUGCCCAUUUCUUCUUCCCUAUAGAUUUCAAUCAGAACAUCUGGGUAUAUUCUACCACGACAUUCCUAAGGAAGACUUCGAUUUUGAUGUUGAGAUAUUAUUCGAAUUCAGCAGCGUAUCCCAGGACUUGGAAAUUAUUGAAUGUGGUGUCCAGAUUCUGGUAGUAGAAACCGAUUCAAAACAACUGUUGGACUACGACGACAGAAUUCUCUCUAAUGAGAGCUUUGAGUUGGAUGAAUCACGAGUAGAGACCGUUGAUGAUUUGGAUGAGAGAAUUGAGUAUGAUGCAUCACGCGUAGAGACCGAUGAUGGUUUAUUUGCUCCCACUUUUUUUUCCUUCGGAUUUUGAUUCCAAUUUUUUUUCUUGAGUAUGUCAUUAUUUCACUUCAUUGUUUUCCUUCUGAGUUUGAUUACAGUUGUUCAAUUUCUGUAUAGUUUUAAU